UUUUCAUAGUGAACCGUGAACAAUCAAUAUUUCUUUCUUCUCGUCCUGGUACCUAGGGGUUUAACAGCGACCUAAGGGUGUUUGGGGGGAUGCUGGAUACGCAUGGAACAGUAUGGGACGGUCCAGAGAGGAGCUCCACCCAUGAGGCCUGCGCUCCGCCUUCGCAAAAUUCAUUUUCUCGGGGGUUGUACUACACUUUCUAUUAGUUAAAUCGUCCCGUUUGAACUCGCCAGUCGGUUUAAAAUCACUAACGAUCGUGUCCUUGAGAAAACUGUUGACAUCCUUCAAUUUUCGUUCUAUUUUAAGUCAAGAGUGACACUUAUAUCAACGUGUCGCGCAUCCCAAAUGAGACAGUGUUAAAGUGAAAGUGAACUAUAAUAAACUUUCCAAUAAAAAUGUCGAUGCUGACGUACAAUGGCUGCGGCGGAGGCACGGUAGACACGGAGAACGGUUCUCCAGCGGACUCGCUAUUGUCCGUUGAAGGAGAACUGGCGGAGGAAGUCGGCGAUUCUCCAGGCACGUCGAGGGACACGGAGGAGGAAGCGACGCUCUCGGAUGAAUUUUAUUCCCAUGACACCGACGAGGAAGAGGAGCAAGGAAAGAAACGGCGAGAUCGAAACAAUUCCCUAGAUGGUAUUUCGUCUUCUGGAAGUGGUCUUCUUGGCUCGCCUACGUCUCGAGCAGGGACUCUAGGUGUUCGAAAAUUGUUCACAAACAGUCGUGAACGUUGGAGACAGCAGAAUGUUAGCGGAGCUUUCGCCGAGCUUCGAAAAUUAGUCCCUACACAUCCACCGGACAAGAAAUUGUCGAAGAACGAGAUCUUGCGUAUGGCGAUUAAGUACAUACAACUGCUAAGCAACGUUCUGGAAUGGCAAAAGUCGCAAGAGCGAAACGAGGGGAUGCAACACGAGGUCAGGAUAAAAUGCGAGCCCAAUCUCAACGCUCAAAAUUCAACGAGCCAUCACGGAAAAUCGACGGUAUACUUGAAGCAAGAGAAACAAAUGACCGAAAAUCACGCAUAUAAAACGAGCUUCACCGGCCAGAAACAGUUACAGCAUACGAUUUCUCACAUUGUGUGUGAUAAAAAUGGUAAUAACUUGUUAAUGAUAGCGCCUUCUGGCCAUAAUGUACCGAAUUCUGUUUGCAAAAAAAGUAUAACACCGUCAAUGACCGUUGCGCAAAAUUCUCUUACGGCGAAUCCAUUGGGCAACGGAAGUCUAACGCGACCCCCUGGUUCACGAUCUUCGAUUUUUCCAAAGUCGCCUCAGAUAAACGUACAGGUUGUAAGUAGCUCGAGUAUUUUGACUUGUUCAAGCGUGCCUGUAACGAGCAACGCAUCCACCGGAAGUGUAGCGAAUUGCGGGCAGAAGAGAGUGUUGAAGAUCGAGAAGGAGGAAGAGGAACAAAUGUCCGGGCAAGGUAGAGAUUGCAAAGGUUUGCCAUCACCGGUGCACGGUGUGCUCACUAGGAAAAGAGUGAAGGUGACGUUCAUUAAAGAAUCGAGUUCAGGGUUUCGUAACGAUUUUCGGAACGUCGAGCGGAAGUAAGGACGUAUACGUAUGAACUUUUAGGUAUAAUUCUUUUCGAUCGAUCGAAACCGUUUCGAAACGGAGAGACAAUCGAUCGGAUAUAAAGUAGUUUUAAGAGAGAACUUCAAUUUUGAGACCUCGAGUUGUAAAAAAAUUAGACUUUAUUUGUUCAUGAUUUAAGAGAUUUGUUUUAAUAUCGCAUAAUAUUUUGACAAUGCAAUCUUAGUUAGAUUGAAUAGUUUUAUUGUAGAUAUUGAGUAUUGUAAAUAGA